GAAGCGACCGAAGCAGUUAUGGAGAUCCCAACGCACUGUUGGGGGGCUGUUGUCAAAAAUGAAGGUCCAGAUUUCUUCGUGGCGGUGGAAAAACUUCCCGUGCCUAAAAUCGGCCCAUUUGAAGUUCUCAUUAAGCUCAACGUGACAGGGUUAUGCCUUACCGAUGUUCAUUUUAUGAUGAACGACUGGGCCUUUCCCAAAAUGUCGGAGAUGGGCCUGUCUUGUGCCGGCCACGAAGGUGCUGGGGUAAUUGUGAAGAUUGGCGAGAGUGUUAGGAGCUGCAAGGUUGGUCAACGUGCUGCAUAUGGUCCCAUCCACAAUACCUGCAAUCUUUGCGAGUACUGUAAGUUGGGGAGGGAGAAUUAUUGCCAACAAGCCAUCUAUACAGAAAAUAUGUUGAUACUUACAGGAACUUACAUGCAGUAUUGCGCCGUUCCGGAAAGCUUUGCACAUGGGGUUUCCGACUAUGUGGCCGGGCCUGCAAUGUGCUCUGCUAGCACUAUGUAUUCUUCCCUUAAAGAAUCGGGGCUCCGGGCCAGCGACUGGGCAGUUUUCCCGGGAGGAGGCGGCGGUACAGGUAUUCAAGGUGUGCAGUUGGCUUGCGCCCUGGGCAUCAGACCAGUGGUGGUAGAUACUGGGGAUGAUCGCCGAAAGCUUGCACUGAGUCUCGGGGCGGAGGAUUUUAUCGACUUUCUGAAGGAGCGAGACCCCGUCAAGCGGGUCCUGGAAAUCACCGGUGGUGGUGCUCAUGGUGUAUUUGUCACUGCGGUCCAGUCUUAUCCUGUCUCACUUGAUUAUCUUGGUUCCCGUGCCGGCGGUGUGAUUAUGUGCAUUGGACUGCCACCCAAGGGGAAAUAUCACAUUGACACUGACCCUACUCGACUUUGUUUGAGGAAUCAGUCAAUCAAGGGCACCUUAUCGAGCAGCAGAAUAGAUAUAGCAAAGACUUUAGACUUUGCGAGACGUGGAAAGCUCCACCUUGAGCCGACUGUGGUUGGGAUGGGAAAGUUCAAUGAGGCUGUACAAAAAUUGAAGAACGGGCAAGUGGCAGGACGAAUAUUGGUAGACUUUAACCUGCCCUGA